GCUGCUCUCGUUGGUUUCUGCUCAUUGUGCGACUUCGGCGAGAGAAAUUUCCGCUUCCUGCACCGACAAACACCAGCAACCAAAACACACCGAGCAGCACACACCAAGUUCCGCGCGGAGACGGGAGACGGACACAGGGAUUCUCCGCCUGCUUUCGGCUCCAAAACCCCUCCUCGACGACCGCUAUGUUUUCACUCUCCGGCGGAAAUUAGCACCGAGCGGAGCAACUUUCCGUUCGCACCGAGAGGAGCGUGAAAAAAUAAAGAAAGGAGGAGAAGCACCGACGGCGGCGGCGGCAGAAGGACACCACGCACACGGAGCAGGCAGCCUACCGCGGGUAUUCCCCCCGUUAAGCUCCGUCGAAAGUCCCCCUUCAGCCUCCAGCAUGUCGGAGCGAGGAGGGCUCCCGCGGACCGGGGGCGUCCCUUCGCCGCACAUGCAGCCCUCCAAGCCGGUCAGCAUCACCUCCAACCGGCCGGUCCACAUGAACCUGUACGCUACCUGGGAGGUGGACCGCUCCUCGCCCAGCUGUGUGCCGAGGCUGUUUAACCUGACCCUGAAGAAGCUGAUCAUGCUGAAGGAGCUGGAUAAAGACCUCACUUCAGUGGUCAUCGCUGUCAAACUGCAGGGCUCCAAGCGAAUCCUGCGCUCCAACGAGAUCCUGCUGUCCUCAGCCGGGCUGACAGAGACUGACUUGCAGCUCACCUUCUCCCUGCAGUACCCUCACUUCCUGAAGAGGGAUGCCAACAAGCUUCAGAUAAUGUUGCAGCGGCGGAAGCGAUACAAGAACCGGACCAUCCUGGGCUACAAGACCCUGGCCCUGGGCCUCAUCAACAUGGCCGAGGUGAUGCAGCAUCCCAGCGAGGGUGCUCAGGUUCUGGGUCUCCACAGCCAGCUGAAGGACGCCUCGGUGCCCGUUGCCGAGGUCAGAGUUUACUCUCUGUCCAGCCAGCCCAUCGAUCACGAGGGACCCAAAGCAAAGAUGUCUGAUCGUUCCCCAGACAUCGACAACUACUCUGAAGAAGAGGAAGAGAGCUACUCAUCAGAACAGGAAGGCAGCGAUGACCCAAUUCAUGGACAGUAUCUGUAUGAUGAAGAAGAGGAGGUGAGGAAGAAGAAGCCGAGGCGCAAGCUCCCUUCCAAUGCUGCCAUCACCAGGCAACCCAACAUCAAGCAGAAGUUUGUUGCCUUGCUGAAAAGGUUUAAAGUCACUGAUGAGGUUGGUUUUGGCCUGGAGCAUGUGUCCAGAGAGCAGAUCCAGGAGGUGGAGGAGGACCUGGACGAGCUGUACGACAGCCUGGAGAUGUACAACCCCAGCGACAGCGGGCCGGAGAUGGAGGAGACCGACAGCAUCCUCAGCACACCCAAACCCAAGCUAAGGCCCUUCUUUGAGGGAAUGUCUCAGUCCAGCUCACAGACGGAGAUCGGCAGUCUGAACAGCAAAGGCAGUUUGGGCCGAGACACUUUCAGCCCGCAGGGGGAGCAGCCUCCUCUAGAGAAGAUGAAACCCUCCCGCAGCCGCAACCUGGAUGACGUCCCGUCUGAGACCGACACGCUGGAGCUAACAGACCAGGAGCUGUUUGCUGAGGUGGGCCCCUGCAUCACAGUGUCCGUGGCCGAGAAACCCCGUACGCCCCUGAAGAGCAGCAAAAGUGAAACCCAGCCCAUGGCGUCACCAAGAUUGGACGGAGGCCACACGCCCAGACAGAAACGCAGCAGCACUCCAAUGAAGGAAAGACAGCUUUCCAAACCUCUCAGUGAGCGAACCAACAGCUCAGACUCUGAGAGAUCCCCAGAGCUGGGACAUACCACACCGGUCCUGAGGAAGGCGGUGUACGAUCAGCUGAAUCAGAUUCUGUUGUCGGACUCAGCGCUCCCAGAGAGCCUCAUCCUGGUCAACGGCACAGACUGGCAGGGGCAGUACGUUGCAGAGCAGCUCCAGGUGCAGAGACACCCGGUGGUCUGCACAUGUUCGGCCGCUGAGAUCCAGGCGGUGCUGUCGGCUGUGCUCACUCGCAUCCAGAAAUUCUGUAACUGUAACUCGUCCAUGCCCAGAGCGGUGAAGGUGGCGGCGGUGGGCAGCCAGAGCUACCUGGGAGCCAUCCUGCAGUUCUUCGUCACUCAGCUCGCCAACAAGACGUCCGACUGGCUCAACCACAUGCGCUUCCUGGUGGUGCCUCUAGGCUCUCAUCCUGUUGCUAAGCACAUUGGCGCCCUUGACAACCGCUACAGCUCCUCCUUUCUGGACGGGGCUUGGAGGGACGUGUUCAGCCGCUCUGAGCCGCCACAGACAGAUCAGUUGGAUGUGGCGGGAAGAAUCUCCCAGUACAUCAGCGGAGCCACAGUUACACACCAGCUGCCCAUCGCUGAGGCCAUGCUCACCUGCAAACACAGGACGCGAGAUGAAGACUCCUACCAGAAGUUCAUUCCUUUUAUUGGGGUGGUGAAGGUUGGUCUCAUCGAGUCCGGUCCGUCUCCAACAGGAGAUACAGAGGAGGGCGUGGCAGUGAGCUUGGCCGUCCCCUCCACAUCUCCCCCAUCCCACGGCUCCCCCACAGGGAUGAUCAAAGAGGCAGCCACACCCCCCUCCUCACCCUCUAUGGGCAGCGUCCUCACAGUACAGGGGAGCCCCAGCAUGUCUCACGGCGUGGACGCCAUCGGCCUGCAGGUGGAUUACUGGCUGGCCUCUCUGGCGGAGAAGCGCCGGGAAGGCGAGCGACGUGACACGGGCUGCAAGAACACGCUGAAGAGUGCCUUCCGCUCGCUGCAGGUCAGCAGGCUGCCAGGAGGAGGCAGCAGCGAUCCACAGGCGCAGGUCAGCACCAUGGCCAUGACGGUGGUCACCAAGGAGAAGAACAAGAAAGUUCCCACCAUCUUCCUGGGAAAGAAGCCCAAAGAGAAGGAUGUGGAUUCUAAGAGCCAGGUCAUUGAAGGCAUCAGCCGACUCAUCUGCUCUGCCAAGCAGCAACAAACCAUCCUGAAAGUGUCCAUAGAUGGCGUGGAGUGGAACGAUGUGAAGUUCUUCCAGCUGGCCGCCCAGUGGCCCACUCACGUCAAAUACCUGCCUGUUGGACUUUUCGGCUACAGCAAACCUCCCUCUUAGGGCUGAGCGCCCCCCGACCUCACCUGCAACGCUCCUCGAUCCUGUCACAUCUUUGCGCACAGACGCCGCCUCUUGGAGACGUCAAGCGGCUGGAUUAUUUCCAUUCUUAUUUUCAUUUUAGCCGUCUUGUUUCUCUUUGGGGAGGAGGAAGAGGAGGAGGAGGAGGAGGAGGAGGAGGAGGGUGGUGCUGGGGUGCAGCGCUGUUACUCGUCACUUUAAUGCCCCUUUUUGCGUGUGUCUGUGUGUGCAGUGAGUGUGCAUGCACACGUGAAUGUACAGUAUGUGUGUGUGUGACAAGGGGGUUACAGCACAAGUUUAUUAGCUAACUGCCAUUUCCGUUCUAUGGAAUGCAACAGCAUGCAACAAGUCACCGUUUUCAAGCCCUUACAGUCUGACCCUCAAAACUCUGACCCCUUCAGAGCCACCGCAAGAUCCGAUCCACACGUGCAUGCUCCCGGCUAACAGAUACACCACUCAUGUGCCACAAACAGUAACUCAAAAUAAAAAGCAAUGCAACAGGGCUUCAGUGUUUGCAAAAGUCUCCUCCGCUCACAAAAUGCAGCCAAAUAAAAGGCAGCCGUGUUGUGAAAUUUUCCUGCGAAACAAACUCCCCUCAAAGCAAACCCUUUCAUUUUGAUUUUAUUAAUUUCAAGGGCUUCCAUGUAACAGUUUUAAAUAUUUUCUCUGUACCAAAAUGAGUCAUUUGGAUGUCUUAAUGCCAAACAAAAAAGAAAAAAUAUACAUAUAAAUGGGAAGUGUCUUUAUUUUAAUUGUGCUCUCGUGAAAAAUAGUAAAAACCUUCCCUUUAAAGCUGUUUUGUGAUGCAUAGUGUGUGUUAUUGUGAAGAGUUUCAAGAUUUCAGGGCAGGAGCUACUAUAAUGUGCAGAUUUCUUUUUUUUUCAUUUGCUAUGCACCUAUGGAUACAUGCGGACUACUGGCGAAAAUAGAUCAACUCCCUUAACAGCAGAUCCAAAUAAAUAUGCAACCAGAAACAACCAGUUUAAAAAGUCCAAAACUCAGCAGCAUUGAUAGGAAUAUGAUGGGGAAAGCGUGUUUUUUUCCCCUGAUUAAAUUCUGCUUUUCUAUGAGUACCUAUACAGUAAGAAUGGGAGUUAAUUACCCACAAAGAAGCACAAUGUUGUCGCCAGUUUGCCCCUGAAAAUCCUCACUUUGUCGGCAACAGACUGGCAGCUUUCUUUUUGGCGAAAACGGCGGACCUGGUCGAAAUAGACAUUCUAUGAGCCAUUCCCCUUUUAGUUUCGACUCCUUUGAAUAAGACAUUUAAUCAGGAAGCAGUCGGGUUGGUUAUUUUGGCACAGGUCUGCUUCGUGCUUUUCUGUAGGAUGUCGUGAGGUGAUUCGUGAGUGUACAGUGACAAGUGUGUGUGUACGUGGUGAAAUAAAUGUAAUGUGGUCAGAAACUUUGAAAAAAAUCACUGAAGGGGAGAAAUAGUUUUUCUACUAUGUGACAGAGGGCAUGCAAUUGGUGUGAGUGUGUGUGUGUGUGUGUGAGUGUGUGUGUGUGUGUGUGUGUGGUGUGUGUGUGUGUGUGUGUGUGUGUUGACACUGAUGUGGUCAUUAUCAAUAUCACUGAUUAGGGCUGUGAAAGCUGCAGUUGGUCAUCUUGUUCACUUUGUAGUCUGGCACAAGGAGAACUAAAUUGCAAUUUAACUUCAAUUUUAGUGGAAAAAUAAAAGAUUUAAACUCAACUUUGGUGCAAAUUUUAUAAUAAUUGGGUCAAAAACAGCCUGUGCAGCUGUGCCCUGUGUCACCUACAUCGUAACAUUCUCCAUCUCCGCUGAAGUCUUUUUUUUAAAAAUAGUGUUAAUGCCAAUGCCUUGAUUUAAAUGCUGUUUGUUUGAAGAUAGGUUAGAUGACUUUUUUUUUCCUGUGUCAAUGUUCCAGUGUUACAGUUGUGAGUCGAGCAGCACGUCUCAUUUUUCUGCACCUGUUACACGAGGUUUCACACUGAAGGCUUUCAAGCUGCCUGUUGGUUUGUUGGCUCUCCGUUUGGUUAACAGCUCGACUGUCACCGCUGAGCAAACACUGGUGGAUUUGAAGUAUCCAAAGUUCCAAAUAUUUGAAUGUAUUGAACUUAGUUUACAUGUUUUGUGAAUUUUUUUUGAGACUAAAGUACAGAUGACAGAAUUUUAGAAAGCUUCUCUGCAGACAUUUUCAAGUCUGUGUGAGCACUUUUCUGACUAAAUGACAACCAAAAAAAAACCAAGCUUUUGAACGCAGCCCUCUUGAAACCUUCAGUGUUUUUCCCUGCUGACAACCAGAGAAGGGCUCGACGGAUACAGAGGUUGCGUCUUAAUUAUUCCUUGAUAUCAGUGAGCGUUGAUGUACUGUAGUUUGAUAAAGAAGUAGCUCGAUCCAAUCUAAUAACAGGAGGUUUCAAUCACAAAUUAUCUACCUGUGAAAAUACUGACAAUUUUGGCAGAAAAUUCACCUUGAGACUUUUUGGUACUGCUUUAGAAUAAUGCAUACUUAACAAUGGUUUUUUUAAUUUGUUGCUAAUUAAUUCAUCGGUAUAAAUAAAUCUUUUAAAUGAGUAAGUGAUACAUGAAGGAAAACAGCUUUGUCAGUGGUGUCCCUCUGGUUAUUUUAUAAUACAUCUACACUUUGGUUUGAGUUAAGCAUGUGGAAUUUGAGGGGGGGUUGCUUACAGUUUAAAAAAAGAAAAACAACUGAUGUUCCUCUCAGCUCUACGGAGCUUAUUGGUGUCUUUAAAUUUGUUGUUUUGGCCUCAGGGGCUGCAGCUUUAAUUGAAUUUGCUCUUAUUGCAUCACGUUUUAUUACUUGAGGCAAAAUCAAAGCAACCAGAUGGUGAAAAUAGAGAAGACUUAACAGUGUUGAAAGUUGGUGGAGACCAAAACAGAGCAAAAAUUAGGCAGAAUUUUGAACCCAAUUUCCACAGAUAAACACAAACACAGCUCCAAAUAAAGAAUCAUUGGACUCGCUAUGUGUACAUAGACAGCUGUUUGCUAUGAGGUUCACCAACAAUUGUUUUUUAAAAUUCUGACAUGUUGUAUUUACACCUUGUUGCUGCUGCCCCCAUGUAGCCAACAAAUUCAAAUAAGACUGCUUUUUUUUGCAAAAAGAUAAACAGGAUAAGUUAAACAAGUUAUGAGGAACAUAUUUAAUAAACUAUAACUUGUGUAGUACAAAAAUAAAUAUAAAUGUAUAUUGGAACACAUUAUUUAUUAUAAAUGAACCAGAGGGAUCCUUCACCAAAAUCUGACGUAACUUUCUGCAUUGUAAUAGCUUUUUACCAAUCUGCUAACCUGUGUAUGAAAUUUAACCUUUAUAAAAUCAUGGUGAGUUAUUAGUUGUUUUUUUUUUUAAGUUAUUGUAAAAAGCUGUUGCAUUUUUAAAUUUGAGAAACGGUCCGAAAUUUAUACAACAUUAGGAAUGAAGCCUUCAACUUUUUUACUAAAAUUGCAGAUCUAGUCUCCACUGACACAAAAUGAUCUUUGCCUUGUGGCGUCUGACAAAUUAUUGCAAUCAUGAUUUCCUAAAUUGUAUAAAAUCAUGAUUCACUGACGUCGCUUUUGCACCCAAAGAGGGAGGCAGAUAGAAAUUAAAUAUAUUCCGUUUAAUGAGAAUCUCUGCCAAAACUAAAAUGUGACAAAAUUGUUAUUACAUUGAACUAGAGCUGCAGGUUUUUGGAGUGCUGAUGAGUGAAAACACAUCACCAACAAAGUGAUCCUUGUUUUAAAGUCAUCAUUUCAAUGUUUGUAGGACCUGAAUGCAUCACACUCACAUUCUGCAGCUUUUUCACCUAAAAACCACAUUUUCCUCUCAUUCUUACCAGUUCCAUUUUCCCCUGCAGUGUCUUAGAAGAUGCUGGUUGUUCUGUAUGUGAGUCUUGAACUUGUUGCCGUGUGUUUUUUACCUGUACCUCUGUACCUGUGUUGACCCGUGUUUGUGACGCUGUAAUGAUGGUUCCUCUGUCCUUGACUAGUCGUGGUUAGAGAUUAGGAGCUGUUUGGUCGAUCAAUAAUCUCCGUCAGUGAUCAGCAGUGUCUUUUCUCUCCGCCGUCCUCAGAAGUAUGUCCCUCUGAUGAUGAGAGAGUCUUCUUCACCAGGCUUCCACAAGCUCACCCUUCUAAAAACAAACAAAAAAAAAAAGUCCCCAUUCCCUCGCAGCUUGUAAAUUUGCCAUCUGUCUUCGUGGGAACGGGAUUUGCCAGAGAACGCAGUAGUUUCUGCUCAGAGCAGAGCGUCCCGAGCUUGUGGACUUGUGGAGAGUAAUUUGCACAUGCCAUCGUCUCUUCAGCAGCAGUCUUCAGCUUUUUUGCCUUUUGCCUAUAACAAUAAUUAGAAUAAGCAAACUAUGACGCUUGUACAUAUCAGAUAGUACUUGUUAUAUUGUAUUCUAGUUCUUUUGUUUAGUUUUUCUUAAUUUGACAUGUUUUGUAGUACUGCUUUUUCAUGAUUACGUUUGUCAAUCAAACAGAUGUGGGAUGAAAAGUGGAAGUGUUCAUUGUUUCUUUUGUUUUUUUAAAAUAAAAAUAUUCCUGAUUUGUA